GGAGCCUGUCAGGGGCAGAUAUUAAAGCACUGGAGGUGGUUCUGGAGCUGCAGUUGUCGGUGUAGAACGAGGAACGGUUCUGUUGGAGCAGUGCAGUGCAGGACACUCCCCCGGUGCUGGCGCCAUGAAGAAGUUGUGGGCUGUCGGCCUGUGCUUCGUCCUACUGGCAUGUGUUUCUGUCAGAGCUGAAGAUGAAGUAGACCUUGAUGGAACCGUGGAGGAUGACCUGGGAAAAAGCCGAGAAGGUUCACGGACAGAUGAUGAAGUCGUAAGCAGAGAAGAGGAGGCCAUUCAAAUAGAUGGUCUUAAUGCUGCCCAAAUUAAAGAGCUCCGAGAGAAAUCUGAAAAGUUUGCAUUUCAGGCUGAAGUGAACAGGAUGAUGAAACUUAUUAUCAACUCUCUAUACAAGAACAAAGAGAUUUUCCUUCGGGAGUUGAUCUCCAAUGCUUCAGAUGCCCUUGACAAGAUCCGGUUGAUGUCUUUGACUGAUGAGACUGCCCUUGCUGCUAAUGAAGAGUUGACCAUUAAAAUCAAGUGUGAUAAAGAAAAGAAUAUGCUGCAUAUUACCGAUACUGGCAUUGGCAUGUCAAAGGAUGAACUUGUGAAGAACUUGGGAACCAUUGCCAAGUCUGGCACUAGUGAAUUUUUGAAUAAGCUCACAGAGACCCAGGAAGAUGGCCAGUCUACAUCUGAGCUCAUUGGUCAGUUUGGUGUUGGCUUCUAUUCUGCUUUCCUAGUGGCAGAUCGUGUGAUUGUAACAUCAAAACACAACAAUGAUACACAACACAUAUGGGAGUCUGAUUCCAAUGAGUUCUUUGUGACCAGUGAUCCUCGUGGUGACACAUUGGGCAGAGGCACAACAAUAACCUUGGUCUUGAAAGAAGAAGCAACUGAUUAUCUUGAGCUGGAAACCAUUAAGGCACUUGUGAGGAAAUAUUCUCAGUUCAUCAACUUCCCUAUUUAUGUCUGGAGCAGUAAGACUGAGACUGUAGAAGAGCCAAUUGAUGAGGAAGAAGCUAAGGAGGAAAAGGAAGAGGAGACAGAUGAAGAAGCUGCUGUUGAGGAAGAAGAUGAGGAAAAGAAGCCCAAGACUAAAAAGGUUGAGAAGACAAUUUGGGACUGGGAGCUUAUGAAUGACAUCAAGCCAAUCUGGCAAAGGCCAGCAAAGGAAGUUGAAGAGGAUGAAUACAAAGCAUUCUACAAAUCAUUCUCCAAGGAAAGCGAUGACCCCAUGGCUUACAUCCACUUCACUGCAGAAGGAGAGGUCACUUUCAAGUCCAUCUUGUUCAUCCCUACUGCCGCUCCACGAGGACUGUUUGAUGAAUAUGGCUCAAAGAAGAGUGACUUUAUUAAGCUUUUUGUCAGAAGAGUCUUUAUAACUGAUGACUUCCAUGAUAUGAUGCCCAAAUAUUUGAACUUUGUCAAGGGAGUGGUUGAUUCUGAUGACUUGCCUCUUAAUGUAUCCAGAGAAACGCUACAGCAGCAUAAAUUACUAAAGGUCAUUAGAAAGAAAUUGGUGCGUAAGACACUCGACAUGAUAAAGAAAAUCGCAGAUGACAAAUACAAUGAUAAAUUCUGGAAAGAGUUUGGUACCAAUGUUAAACUUGGUGUGAUUGAAGACCAUUCUAACAGAACCCGAUUGGCCAAGCUUCUUCGAUUCCAGUCUUCUAACCAUAAGACAGAGUUAACUAGCUUGGAGCAAUAUGUGGAAAGAAUGAAGGAGAAACAAGAUAAAAUCUAUUUCAUGGCUGGUGCCAGCAGGAAUGAGGUGGAUUCUUCACCUUUUGUUGAGCGCCUUCUGAAGAAGGGCUAUGAAGUAAUCUUCCUGAUUGAGCCUGUGGAUGAGUACUGCAUACAGGCAUUGCCAGAGUUUGAUGGCAAGAGGUUCCAAAAUGUUGCUAAGGAAGGGCUGAAGUUUGAUGAAAGUGAGAAGGCAAAAGAAGCACGUGAGGCUUUAGAGAAGGAAUAUGAGCCUCUCUUAACAUGGAUGAAAGACAAAUCUCUUAAAGACCAGAUUGAAAAGGCCAUUUUAUCUCAACGUUUGACCGAAUCACCCUGUGCCCUUGUGGCAAGCCAAUACGGCUGGUCUGGCAAUAUGGAAAGGAUUAUGAAAGCUCAGGCUUACCAGACUGGAAAAGACAUUUCCACCAGUUACUAUUCAAGCCAGAAGAAGACUCUUGAAAUUAACCCAAGACAUCCCCUUAUUAAAGAUAUGUUGAGAAGAGUAAAGGAGAAUGAAGAUGACCAAACUGUGUCUGACCUCGCAGUUGUACUACUUGAGACUGCCACGUUACGAUCUGGAUACCAGUUGCCAGACACUAAAGCAUAUGGAGAAAGGAUAGAAAGAAUGUUGCGGUUAAGCUUAAAUAUUGACCUGGAUGCCAAGGUGGAAGAUGAGCCAGAGGAGGAAGCAGCAGCAGAUGAGGAAACUGAACAGGAAGAGUCAGAUGAUGCUGAAGAAGUCAAUGCAGAGGAUGAAGAUGCUGAAAAGCCAGAAGCGGAGGAUCAGACAGACGAACAGGAAUCCACACAUAUAAAAGAUGAAUUCUAAAUACCAUCUUGAAUCUGUUUAGUGGGGGGGUUGGGUUUUUGACAGUGUUGGGUGGGUUUUUUAGUUUUGUUUUGUUUUUUUUAACAUUCCUCACAAAUGUAAAUUUGUACUAUUUAUGAGUGUACGUUGUAAAAUCCUUCACCUGACCACAAGAUUCUGGCAAUUCCAUCUAACCAACUUGAUUCAAAGCACUGCACAUUAUAACUUAAUUUGGAUGUUGGAGGGGUACCUUGUUCAACCUGCACUUACCAGAGAUGGACUGGAUAUUUAACUGUGACUGCUCGCUCAUCCACAUGCUGAUUUGAAGUACAAAAGGACUGGACUCUGGCACAAAUGUGAAACUUACCGCAUCACAAUCUUGUGGGUUUUGUUUUUUAAAUGGGUAAUGUCUUAUUGGGGGGAAAAGAGCUCUAUUCGUUUACCGGCCAAGUUGCAGCAUCUUGUAACUUUUUUUUUUUUUUUUUCCCCCCAGUUACCUGUUGUCACAAUGUCUGUCAAUUUCCACAAUUUGCCUUUCAAAAAUAAAGUGGUCAGUGACUUUG